CAGGCCAGCGGCGACCUCAUCGGCCUGCUCUGGGAGAACGACCACGGCCUGACGGAGGACGGGCUGCGCAUGGCCACGGCGCUGCGCCAGCGCAUCCGCGCCGCGCGGGAGGCGCCGAGCGGCGUGGACGCCAAGGCGGAGUGGGCCAGGCACUUCAUGCGCCCCGACGCCGUCUUCUCCUCGCCCCUCACGCGGGCCCUGGAGACGACGUGCUUGGCCCUGAAGGACGUGAUCGCCACCAGGGGCGUCGUCGUGAUGCGGGAGGCGCGCGAGCAGAAGAACCUGGGCGGCGCCGACUCCACGGGCGUGGCCGUGGGCGCCGGCAUCCGGGAGCGUCUGGAGGUUUGCGCGAUCGCCGCGGCCACGGUGGCGCUGACCGGCGGGGUUCCCCCAGUUCGUCUCGCAGGCCGCGCUGGCGCGCAGGAGGACCUCAGGGCCGUCCUGGAGGCCGCCUGCGAGGGGGCGGGCGAGGCGCCGGAGGCUCCCGUCGACCGCGCCCUGGCGGACGCCCGGGAGUCCCUGGAGGCC